AUGCCGAGUUCCAAAGUCGCUAAGCGCUCCGCUUCGACGUCGCUCUCGCGCCAAUUGACGGCGCAGAGCUCCAUGUCGAGCUACAACGACGAGGGGGUGCCGCUAUCAGUGGGAGGAACGCCAGAGUAUCUGCAGCUGUCGCCUCAAGUCAAGAACGUGCUUUCGAGGCAGAUCUCGGCGGCGGUGGACGACGUCCUGGACAGCAUGAUGCGCGAGGGCACGGAGGACAACCACUGGCGCGGCAAGAUGCGGAAGGAUGGCAUUGUCUACUACGAAGACAGGGAGAGCGUGACCAAGGAGCAGACGCGGUUCUGCUGCGUGGACGUCACGGACGCGUCGGUCGAGGAAGUGAUCAACCUGUUCGUCGUGUCCGACACGGACAUGCUGCUGCAGCGGUGCCGCAUCAUGUACGACAACAUUAUGGACGCCAGAAUUCUUAAUGUGUUGGAGCAUCCGUCGGAGGAGCAUCCGAUGCGCUCGUCCUACGUGCGCUACACGGCGUUUAAGGCGCGGACGCUGCAGCGCAACCACCGCGACAUGUGUGUAGUGGUGGCGACGGAUGUCAUUCAUUACCCGGACGGCUCGACCGUGGGCUACUGCGUCUGGGACUCGCUCAAUUUGUGCGACAUCUCGGACUUUGACGUGCCCAGAGGCUUCAUCCGCAGUCGCAUGUUCCGGUCGGGAUACUUCGUGCAGAAUUCAGGGGAGCUGGACGCGCAGACGAAGGUCGCGUACAUUGUGGGCAUUGAGGCGGGCGGGCUCGCUCCGAGACUGACGACUCGGUAUUACAUGCCCAAGUUCGGGGCAGUGCUCAGCCGAGUCAUUUCGCACCUUCGUCGUCGACAGCUCGACCCGUCGACGUUUGUGCCUCAGUCCGAGUGGACCGACAAGCGGACCGUGCAGACCUGUGAAUGCUGCAGUAAGCACUUCGGUGCUGUGAAGCUGCUGGAUACCAGGCGAUACAACUGCGUGGUGUGUGGCGAUGCCAUUUGCCACGCCUGCCAUCAUGUUGAGGAAGUUGAGGUACCUGGGGCCAGGAACACGACGGUGGGGAUCUGCGUUGGGUGUAAGACUGCGAGUCGUACGAAGUCUUCGCGUCUAUCGCGUUGGUCGAGUUGGGGGACCAGUUUUUCGACGGAUUCAACGGAAUCGUCGACGAGGUCUUUGCCGGUGUGA